AUGGUGUCGCCAAACAGAACUCUUUAUGACAUCUUGGGCGUGGCGAAGGAUGCGAGUGUAUCCGGCAUUCGUGCGGCGUAUCGAAAGCUUGCGGUUCAACUUCAUCCUGACAAGGGUGGUGACCCUGAAGCUUUCGCAGAGAUGCAAGCGGCCUAUCAGAUUUUAUGCAGUGUCACGUUGAGACAGAGAUAUGAUGAGACAGGAAAAACAGAUGUGCCGGAAGAUGUGCGCAAAGCACGCCGCUCCUACUAUGAAGAUUCAGCUCACGUUCCAACUCCACCGAAGGAAGAACAACAGCAGCGAUGUUGGAAGUGCAACGCGGAGCUAAGCCCUGCAGCAAAGUUUUGCCAGGAAUGCGGAGCUCCACGUGAAGCUCCUUCCAAGCCAAAGGAGACCACUCAAAAAGAUGUCAAGGUGCAGCUACCCCCAGCAUUACAAGCCAUGAUGGAAGGACGCACGCUUGAGUCUUUGCCAGUACCUGAAGAGUACGAACAGGCAGUUGCCCACAUUACGGUCACAGAGAAGGAGGGCAAGCGGACACUUCGACUGGUCGACACUUAUCCCUUCAUUGACAACUCCAGACUGAUAGAGGGGCAAGUAUUGGUGCAGAUCCGGGCAGUACCUUUGACGAUGUCAGACCUCAAUGCAGAAAACAGGUACAGCUGCGGAGACAUCUAUGGAAGUCAGGGAAUUGGACAAGUGCGAAUGGUCGGACCACGUGUCAAGAACUUGCAGCCAGGAGAUUGGGUGCUUCCACUCCAUGAUGUUGAUGCAGACGGCGAAGUUGACUUGGAUGCACUGCCUCCGGGUACUGGCCGCGUCCUGGGUGUUUGGAAAGCCGAUAGGUGCGCUAAACUGGAGUUCUCAGCCGACUCACCACUUACCAUUGCAAACAUGGCGCUAGCGAAGUCCAUUGGAGCUGCAUGCCUUUUGAUGAAGGAGCACACAUUGAAGCUUUCUGCGGGCGAUGCUGUGAUACUGAAUUGCGCCAAUGGUUUGAUCGGGCAGGUGCUGAUUCAGUUGCUGGCAGCAAAGGGCUUUCAAGUCUACGCAGUGGUCCGAAAACACACCGGGGAAGAAUGGAUCAAGCAAAAGCUCCAAGGUUUGGGAGCUUCGCACGUCUUCCUGACGAGUGAUGACAUUCGCUCAAUCAUUGAGGAGAUGGGCCAGCCCUUACCCCAAUUGGCACUUGAUGGAGUGGGUGGUACAGCCACAAAUCAGCUAGUACAAACUCUCAGCAAAACUGCAGACCUAGUGUGCUUCGGAGUAGCUGGUGGGUCAAGUCAGCAAGCUGUGACCUUUGCAACGGGAAAGAAGUGGAAGGGAAGCCUACUACAAUUCAGUUUUGAUGAGUGGCUCAAUAGAGAUGUUUCAGCAAAUGCAAAGAUCUUGAAUGACAUGCUUUUAGAUGUAACAGAGCUCGUGAAGCAGAAGAGGAUGCAGUUUGUGAUCAAAGAAUACACAACUGAGCGCUUCAACAUGGCGGUCCUGAAUGCGAAGCAAAUUGGUAGAACACAUGCAGUCGUUCUGCAUCUUCCACGUCUUGAAGAGAACCCAACAAGGUACACAACAGAGGGAGAUGCGCUGGCGCUGCCUGAAAGAUCCCUUGAAAAAGACUACCUAUCCCGACACAAUCGAAGCUGGGACUUGGAUUUCCUUCAGUGGGAAGACGUAAAUGCAGAUGAGGAAGUUGAGUGGCGACUUGAAAAAGAGCGAAGCCUGUUCCGACUUCAUCCACAGAGUCAGAAAGAUCAGAAAAAUGUUGAGGGCGUCCUUCAGCUCAGUCAGGGAGUGUCUUCCACUCCAACCGCCAUUGCCCAAGAGUUGGGAUGUUCUCCGGAGAAAGCGGAAGCCGUGUUGUUUUGGCUUCCAGGACGCGGCGAAAUCCCACAGGAGCAUGCUCACUGGCUGGAUCGAAUUUGCGUCUCGAAUCGGGAGCUUCGUGUGAUUAUUCUCGAGCCACAUCAGCUUGAAGAGGAUCUCAAGUGGUAUGAGAUGUCUGACAAUGACGCUGUGCAGCUGGGCCUUCGCUUCAGCAUUGUUGACGACGACAUCAAGAACCCAUGCGGAGAUUUAUCUCGCUCCAAGGGUGUUGCGAGCUUUGGAGUACCACUUCUGCCAAGCGAGAUCGAUGCAGUGCAGCAAGUGGAGGGUGCUGCCUUGGGCCUGAAGCGAAGAGCGCAACUUGAAGAAAAGCAGCUGAAGACUACGUCACGAAGCUCAACCUUGCCAUUCUUCUUCGGUGGUUUCGGCCAGGGAGGUGUUGUGGCUCUUUAUGCAGCUCUUUGCCUUAUGGACAAGCCUAUCGAUGCCGUGGCAUUCUGUCACAGUGGAAUUCCUGCAGCAUCGAUGCUGGGGAAACGAUUGUCUCAACAAGUCAGGACACACACUAGAUUACAUGCUAUCUAUGACAAGGCCGAUCAGGAGAUCCCCAUAUCAUUUCCUGAAACUAUUCACCAAAUGUUUUCCUUGGCAAGAUGCAAAGUGAGUCUGUACUGGCUCCAAAACGGCGAUGGCCACCAGUUCCUGGAUGAAGCAUCUGACACAGUGAGACAAUGCGCCCAUAUGUGGCUGGAUGAGAGACAGAAGCUUCCUGACUUUCUAAAGUAG